CAUUCUGAAGCAAUACUCUUUCCCCCAAUUUAUCCCUCAAACCCUAAAAUAUUCAAAUCCCUAUACAUAUACAUACACAAAAUCUAUAUCUAUACAUCACUAUCAUCAUCAAAUUCAAACAUGAUAUUCCAAAUCGAUGACGUAACAGUCUACUUUCCAUAUGACAACAUCUAUCCAGAACAAUAUUCCUACAUGAUCGAGCUCAAACGAUCUCUAGACGCAAAAGGCCAUUCGUUACUCGAAAUGCCGACCGGAACCGGUAAAACGAUCGCAUUAUUAUCUCUAAUUACUAGUUAUUCGUUAUCGAAAACCGAUAGUUCACCACUUAAGUUACUAUACUGCACUAGAACUGUACAUGAGAUGGAAAAAACAUUAGCUGAAUUGAAACUAUUAGUUAGGUAUCAGAUAGAGUGUUUAGGGCCGUCUGCGAAGAUUCUCGCGUUAGGAUUAUCAUCUAGGAAGAAUUUGUGUGUGAAUGAUGAGGUUGUGAAAGGUGGGGAGAAUAGGGAUUCGGUUGAUGCCGGGUGUAGGAAGUUGACGGCGAGUUGGGUUAGAGCGUUGGCGGUUGAGGAUCCGAAUGUUAAGACGUGUGAUUGGUUUGAAAGGUAUGAUAAGGCUGGUUCGGAUGCUGUUUUGGCUCCUGGUGUUUAUACUUUGCAGGAUCUAAGGGUGUUUGGAAAGGAGAAAGGGUGGUGCCCAUACUUUCUAGCACGUCAUAUGGUGCAAUUUGCAAAUGUGGUGGUUUAUAGCUACCAGUACUUACUUGAUCCUAAAGUAGCUGGGAUCAUAUCGAAGGAAAUGCAGAGAGAGUCUGUAGUGGUGUUUGAUGAGGCUCACAAUAUUGAUAAUGUGUGCAUUGAGGCACUGAGUGUUAGUAUACGGAGGCAAACAAUUGAGGGGGCUACUAGAAAUAUUAAUAAAAUGUCUAAGGAUAUUGAAAGGUUUAAGGAAAAGGAUAAUGGUAGGUUACGUGCCGAGUACAACCGACUUGUCGAGGGUCUAGCGCAAAGAGGGAACCUGCCAAUUGGUGAUACAUGGCUUGCAAAUCCUGCUUUACCUGAUGACAUUUUGAAGGAGGCAGUGCCAGGAAAUAUACGGCGAGCAGAGCAUUUCUUGUCUGUUUUACGCAGAUUGGUGCAGUACUUGAGUGGGCGUUUGGAAACUGAUAAUGUUGAAAAGGAGGGGCCUGUUACAUUUGUAAACUCCGUGAAUUCACAUGUUGGAAUUGACCAAAAAAUGUUGAAGUUUUGCUAUGAUCGUCUGCACUCGCUAAUGCUGACUCUGGAAAUUACUGAUACCGAUGAAUUUUUGCACAUUCAAACAAUUUGCGACUUUGCAACACUAGUGGGGACAUACAGCAGAGGGUUCUCGAUCAUAAUUGAACCCUACGAUGAGAGAAUGCCCCAUAUUCCUGAUCCAGUGUUGCAGCUUAGCUGCCAUGAUGCUUCUCUUGCAAUAAAGCCCGUUUUUGAUAGAUUUCAAUCGGUUGUUAUCACAUCCGGAACACUGAGCCCAAUCGAUCUCUACCCUCGACUUCUUAAUUUCAAUCCAGUGGUUAGUCGGAGUUUUACCAUGUCCUUAACUAGGGACUGUAUAUGCCCCAUGGUUCUUACACGGGGAAGUGAUCAACUUCCAGUUAGCACAAAGUUUGAUUUGAGAAGUGAUCCUGGAGUGGAAAGAAAUUACGGAAGGCUUUUGUUGGAGAUGGUGUCGGUAGUUCCUGAUGGAAUUGUUUGUUUCUUUGUCAGUUACUCAUAUAUGGAUGCCAUAGUGAACAGUUGGAAUGAAACUGGGAUCUUGAAGGAAAUAAUGCAACGCAAACUGGUGUUCAUUGAGACACAAGAUGUUGUUGAAACUACAUUGGCACUUGACAACUAUCGUAAGGCUUGUGAUUGUGGGAGAGGUGCCGUGUUUUUCUCGGUUGCCAGGGGAAAAGUUGCAGAAGGUAUAGACUUUGAUCGACAUUAUGGGAGGCUUGUAAUCAUGUUCGGUGUCCCUUUCCAGUACACAUUAAGCAGGAUAUUACUUGCUCGGCUGGAGUACUUGCGAGAAACUUUUCAGAUAAGAGAAGGCGACUUUUUGACUUUUGAUGCAUUGAGACAAGCUGCUCAAUGUGUGGGACGAGUUAUUCGUUCAAAGGCAGAUUAUGGAAUGAUGAUAUUUGCUGACAAGAGAUAUACUAGACAUGACAAACGCUCUAAAUUACCUGGAUGGAUCCUGUCCCAUCUGCGUGAUGCAAACCUGAACCUGAGUACAGAUAUGGCAGUGCAUAUAGCAAGAGAGUUUCUGAGAAAGAUGGCACAACCAUAUGAUAAAGCGGGUGGCGGUGGAAAGAAAACACUUCUUUCUCAGAAAGAUUUGGAGGAGAUGAUGAUGAGUGGUACUGGUGAUGGAAAGAUGUUUUAAGUUUUGCCUGCGCAUGCAGUAAACUUCUUAUCAAAGAUAGUGAUAAAAUUUUGCUAGUAGUGUCUUUUAACUUAUUACUACAGUAGUUUGGGAUUUCAUCUAUGACCUUUAAAAAUACAUAUAUAUCCUUUCAAUAUUACUUUUAUAUCCUUACAAAACA